GGCGGAGCCGCGGGAGCGGCGUGAGGGCUGCCGGGGACCCCGGGGCUUUGGGACCGCCGAGGUUCUCUCUGCUGCGGCGGGAGGUGCGAGGGGCGCUGUCCCUGCUGCCUGUGCGUCCCCUCAGGCUGAGGGGCCAAGUCUCCCUUGCUGCUCUGAGUAGGAAAAGAUCUCACCAUGGCACCAUCAGGAAGAAAGCAUGGAGGAAAGGCUGGUAAACCAGCACAGGAAGAUCAGACCAUACCUACUUUUGACUUUGAGGAGGAAAGAAAAGAACUGAGUGGAUCAGAGGAAGAUAUUAGAGAAGGUGACAUACCAGUAAUGGACAAGCAUGGAAAGAAAAGACCUCUGGUGACUACUCAUGUGGUUCCAGAUGAUGUGGGGGGUGAAGUACAGAAUAUGUUGGAGAGAUUUGGAGCUGACAUUAACAAGGCUCUCUUAGCUAAGAGGAAACGAUUAGAAAUGUAUACAAAAGCCUCACUGAAAACCAGUAACCAGAAGAUUGAACACGUUUGGAAAACGCAGCAGGAGCAAAGGCAGAAGCUCAAUCAUGAGUUCUCCCAGCAGUUCCUGACUUUAUUUCAGCAAUGGGAUGUAGAUGUACAAAAGGCAGAGGAGCAGGAAGAAAAACUAGCGAAUAUGCUUCGUCAGCAACAAAAAGUUUUUCAACAGGCAAGAAUAGUUCAAAGUCAGAGACUGAAAACCAUUAAGCAACUCUACGAGCAAUUCUUAAAGAGCAUGGAAGAGCUGGAGAAGAGCAAUGAAAAUCUUCUGGCUGGUGCCCAAAAUGAGCUUCGCAAGGAAAUGGCAAUGUUGCAGAAAAAGAUUAUGAUGGACACGCAACAGCAGGAGAUGGCAACUGUUCGCAAGUCUCUUCAGUCCAUGUUAUUCUGAUGGCUCAGUGGAGGAGCAACUUGUACCUAAGUAACACGAUACAAGUACAGGCAUUAGAAGGAUGUUGAGAUUUAAAUGUUUCAAGGUUCCUAUUAAACUCUUUCCUGGAUUGUUCUAAUCUUGUUUGUUCGUGUUUUAAGAAAAUAUCUUAGUAAACUUUUAUUACUGGGGGCAGUACUAACCCCAAACCAUUCA